GCUGCUUCAGACUGAGUGCCGCAGGAAGAGUGUGCUGCAAUAGGCGCCCUGCUACCCUUUAGUAGCUCUCAGAAGCCGCCGUUCUAGGAUCGUUGUCUGCAUCAGCACCACGGACAGCGCUCAGCCUUGCUCCCACCAGCGUGGCCAUUGAAGAGAAACAUCUCAUUGUCUGGGAAGAGAGGCACAAGUAUGGUGAAGCUGGGGAGUAACCUGAGUGACAAAAACAGUAAGGAUCCUUCUGGCGAAGAUGGAUUUCAGACGGUGCCUUUGAUCACACCCUUGGAUGUAAAUCAUCUGCAGUUCUCAGCCCCAGAAAAGGUGGUUGUUAAAACAAGGACAGAGUACCAGUCUGAACAAAAGAACAAGAAACUUAAAGUGCCAAAAAUUGCAGAGUUCACCGUCAGUUUCACUGAUGGGGUGACUGAAAGGUUAAAGGUCACCAUUCUAAUAAGUCUGGCACUUGCCUUUCUCGCUUGCAUAGUGUUCCUUGUGGUCUACAAAGCUUUUACCUAUGAUCACAGCUGUCCAGAUGGAUUUGUGUACAAGCAUAAGAGAUGCAUCCCAUCCUCCCUUGAUGCCUAUUACUCUGCACAGGAUUCCAACUCACGAGGAAGGUUUUACACUGUAAUUAGCCACUACAGCAUGGCUAAGCAAACAAGUUCAAGAUCUGUCUCGCCAUGGCUUUCUUCAGGAUCCAUUAACCAUGAAGCCAAGGCUAGUAAAAGUGAAAAUCACUAAAAGGUCAAGUAGACAAGGGAUUUCCCUGUUCCAGUGUCCUGGGCAAAGCUCAGAUGAUGUGCCGCAAUGAAGUUGCAAAACUAAAUACAAACUUGCGGGAGUCACUAAUGAACAACAACAAUAUGUUUCUUUUUUGUGCAUUGUUAUUGUUAAUUUGUAACCAAGUCACAACCUUGUACAAAGGCAUGUUCUAUGUUUAUUGUUAACUUGCAAUUUAAAAAUAGAAAAAAAAACAAAAAUACAUAUUGCAUUUUUACUUUUUCUUUUUAAAAACAUUGCCAAAUUCAAAACACUGUUGAUAGAUGAUGCAAACAUAUGCAAUUGAAUGUCUUGCUUUGUGCUCAAUUAUAAUAGUUGUCAUUGUACUUUGUGAACUGGCACCGUUGUACAAUGUGUUGGGGAAAGCUUUACCCACUAGAGUACUGACAUAAUAGUUUAGUGAACGAAGAAAAGCAACACUCACAGCAAACAUUUUACGAUGUACAUGAAUAGUGGGGACGCAAGUUUAAUAUUUCAGAUCAGACAAAGGGAACAUGUUUUCCAAUUAAUUAAGGAAUACUACUGUUCAGACAAAAAUAGAUAUCAUUUAGGUAAUAGCAAGUUAAAAAAGUUUAACAUUAUUUCGUAGAAGCAAAAUUUAAAAUAACAUGGGCAGACUCCUAAGCAGUGAUAAUGGGAUUUAAGUAUACAGUAUAUAGAUGAAAUGAUGAAGCGACUAUGAUUAAGUGAGUGAGAAUAGUACAGCUCAUGAGCCCUUUUACAGCUUGUGCUAUAGAUACAUCACCUAAUAUAAAUACAGUACUGGAUAAAUGGGUGUUACUGGGGUGUGUUUGCGGUCCCUGUCAACCCAAGCAAGUAUGAAUAUACGUUUACAUUUGUAUUAGAUCUUCUUGCAUCAAGAUGAUGGGUGGUAAAGAUAAUACAGUUUUUAGGAAUACGAACCAUCCACAAGUUUUAGAACACAAGGUAAGAAGAGCUUAUAAACGUCAACAACUGAGUAAUAGAAUACAGUUGGGCUAAUUGUUCAAAUUUAGUAACAGAUAUUACUAAAGUACUAGUUAUUGGCUACUAGUAGUUAUAACUUACUAAUUAUUUACUAAUUAAUAAUUAGUAGUCACUAAUUAUUAGUUGCUGAUAACUACUGGCUUGCUAGUUACUAAUAAUUUGUAUGUAAAGCAGUUUCUAAAUCAUAUUCUAUCCUCUCAAUCCACAUAACAAUACUGUAAGUAGAGAUAUUUCAUCAAUGGUAAUGUUACAUUAAUUAAUGUAAAAUGAAUCAUUUAAUAUGUUUUGGGUUUUUUUUUGUAUUUAUUUUCUCAUUUUACAAAGCACUGAUGAAAUAUUAUUUUAUUGUUUUUCUGUGGAUAGUAUAUUGGUUACCUUCAUUGUUUUCUAAGUGUACGUUUUUUUAUUUCUCUUUACAUCUAAAAUGGCCGAACUGCAUGGGUGGCUCGGCCUGUUUGUGCCACCUACUUUCCCCACAUCCAUAAACAUGCUUUGUGUAGAAUAGGAACAUACUGUGGUUUUUGUAGCUCUGUUUAAGAGCUUUAUUCUGGCAGUGCUAUUUUGUUUUUUGUUGCUUAGGGUAAUGCUAUUUAGUAAGGGUCACAUUAAUACAAUGGUUACAAUUGACUGUGCUUUCUACAAUAUUAAACAUUUACCUACAGUACCUUGGUAAGAUGUGCACAUUAGUCAUAAUUAAAUUCUGUAAAUGAGUCAAAUUGUACACAAAGAGAUAUUGUUGGACAAAAUAUUGCUACAAUUAGGUUACAUGCUUUAAAUGCAUAGAAAUCAAGUAUCAUACAAUGUGUACACCGUUGUUAGUUGUUUCAUGUUCUUUAAAGGGUCCAGUGAAAUGAUCCUUAGUGCAUUACUCCCAAAUCAGGACCAUUUUCUUUAUAGUGAGAACUGUGCAGAGCUUUCUGAACUGUGCUGUGCUACCAUAUGUACUCCAUAAUCUUGAGCUGAAGGUGUAAUAUGUGCUGUACCCAGAAUAUAGUGCCAAAUUCUCAUCUGGAGUUUCUUCCACUACUUCUUAUCACCUGUAAAUCCAUUGUCACUGUAAAAAAUAAUUUGGCUACCAUUGUUUAUAAUUUUGUGGUGUGUUCUUGUUAGUAGCUAGAAGAAAAUGGAGUAUUUUGAUGUAAUCAUUGCACUCUUUUCUGACAGGAACAAUAAAGCUGGAUGUGUCUGAA